CUUUGAAAUUUAAUUAAAUAAAAGAAUACAGUUUUCAGAAGUGUGUAAUCGUUUCUUCAACCGAUUUUGUAGGUUUUAUAUGGAGUUAAUCUAUUAAAGAUAGUUAAAUGAAAUUGACUGAAAUAAGUCAAAUUUAUAAUCAAAUAUUACAAGAAAAAUACUCAUUUCAUCAUGUGGUUAGAAGAAUAUGAUAGUUUUGCUGAAUUAUGUCGAGGCUAUUUACCAUAUUAUUUAUUAAUAGUCUUGCCAAUUUUUAUUAUUAUCUCUCCGGUUAAUCCUGUGGCAGCAUCACACGAAUUUCCAGUCUAUCGCAUGCAUCAACAUGAUUUGCACGGAAUUCCGCAUGGUUGCAGAAGUGCUUCCAUUUCAUUAGAAGCAAGAUCGCUCAUCGGAUGGAGUACUUCCAGGCACUGUGUUAUUACUAAAGCGUUAGAUCUUACACCCAGCAUGUUUCAAUCCAUUAAGAACAAAGCUGGAGCUUUGGUUAUCAUUUUACCUGAGAAAUUAAAUGAGUUAACAUUCGAUGAGAAACAGCAUAUUAUGGAUUUAGAAAAAUCUAUGCUGUCAGACACAGAAACUCCAAUUCCUGUUUAUUUUGCAACUUGGCAUCCGGAUCUUCAAAGGAUUUUAGAUGAUAUCACAGAUGGAUCUGUGACAGAUGAAAAAUCUCAUUCUGCAGCAGAAGCUAUAUUUAAUUCCAUUUCUGCUAGUGGUUAUCAAGUAGUUGUUGCAUCAAGUCAACCUAUGGUUAGAAAUGAUGCUAAAAUAGCAAUAUUACAUGGAAAAUUAACAGGAACCGGAGCGGAAGAAAAAUUACCUACUAUAGCAAUAGUUACACAUUACGAUAGCGCAAGUGUAGCGCCGGAAUUAUCUUUUGGAGCAGACAGCAAUGCAUCCGGUGUGGCGAUGUUAUUAGAAUUGGCUAGAUUAUUUUCUGCGUUGUAUUCCAGUGGACGAUCAAGACCCCACUAUAAUCUUGUUUUCAUUGCUACUGGAGCAGGGAAAUUAAAUUAUCAAGGUAGUAAAAAAUGGUUGGAAGAUCAAUUGGAUGGACUUGAAGGAUCUGUUAUUCAAGAUGCAGCCUAUGUUAUAUGUCUUGAUACACUUUCUGCAACAAAUAAUCUUUAUAUGCAUGUCUCAAAACCACCAAAAGAAAAUUCAUCUGGAGGAAUGUUUUGUAAACAAUUAAAAUCUGUAGCAGAUUCUUCAAAUACGGUACACGUUGAAGGCGUACAUAAGAAAAUAAAUCUUGCAGAAGAAACAUUAGCUUGGGAACACGAAAGAUUUAGUAUUAGAAGAUUGCCAGCAGCUACACUGUCCACAUUGAAAAGCCAUGAAGAUCCUGCCAGAAAUACUAUUUUGGAUAUAAUGGAAGAAGGACAAAUCGAUAGAUUGUACAAAAACACUCAAGUGAUUGCAGAGGCAUUAGCAAGGCACAUUUACAAUCUAAGCUCUAACCAUAUAUUUGCAGAUUCUUUGGAAGUAUCUAAAGAAUCACUAUCGUUGUGGUUUACGUACUUGGCAUCUCAACCAAGAGCCGCUCCAUUGUUAGUUGAUAAAAAUAACCUGUUAAUUGCAACAUUGAAAGAAUCUAUGUCACGAUAUCUUGGAGAUGUUAAAGUCACAUUACAUGGGCCUGAUAAGCAAGAUCCAGAAUUUAUAUUUUAUGAUGUUACUAAAGCAGUGCUAAAUGUAUACAGUGUAAAACCAGCCGUAUUUGAUCUUUUCCUUACUGUUGCCAUUAUCAUGUAUCUGGGAUUGAUAUAUGUGAUAGUACACAACUUCCCACGUGCUUUUAAUCUAGCAAUUAGACUUUCUACAAAAGGCAAGUCAUCUUAAGCUUAUAUCAUGAUUCUAGAAUGCCAAAGCAAUAGUCACAAACAUUUAUUUAUUGAAAAAAUUCGUCAUUAGCCAAUGUACUCGAAGAAAUGAGAUACAUGUACUUUUGAUAAAAAUAAUUCGAAAAAAAUGAUUGAAUAAAAUUAAGGUGGACGCAUAGAAAAGAUAUAUACAAUACUUUUUGAUCAAUCUGUAUAUUAUACAGUUCAUUUAUAAGAUUCAUAAUAUAAUUAUUUUGGUUUACUUAAUUUUUGUGUUUGGCAAUUCAGAUACUUACAUAAACUUGGAGACAAAAGGAAAAUAGAUAGCUAUUUUGUGUUGUAUAUAUAUAUAUACGUGUGUGUUACUUAUUAAAAUGAAAUAAAUUAUGAAGUCUGCUACAAUAAUAAGAGCAUACAAAAAGAGUAUAAUUAACACUCAAUUAUAUAUCCUGAAAUACCAUCCCUCAAAGUUAAGAAAAACACUAUAACGAAAUACAAAAAAGAAAAAAGGGGGAAAAACUAUCGUGAUCGUCGUGUUCCUUGUUAAUUUUUUCUUUAAAUAUGUAUCUCAGCAACUUAUAUGUAAUAUGACAGCAAGCAGAUUCCUUAUCACCGUUUAUAGAGUUUUUUUUUUUUGGGGGGGGGGAGAGGGGAAAUCAACGUUCACGAUAUUAUUUUGCGUGUACAUAAAGAGGAAUCAUGAAUCAUUAAGGUUUAUAAAAUGUUCAUUAGACUUUAUUAAAUAGAUAGAAAAUGAUUAAAACAAAUAGUGCAAUAUGCAAUUGACAGCUACUUUAUAUUAUAUGAAAGUAUAAAUAAGAAGAUUAAAUGUAUUAUUAUGGAUCUAUUGAUUCAAUAAAAGACACAAGAGGAAACAUUCAUAAUAAAUAUUAGCUGCUUUAGAAAGAUACCUGUUACUUUAAUAAUGAAACUUUUACUAAGAAUUAUUUUAAUUUGAAAACUUGUUGCAAAAGACUAAAUAUACAUGCAUGGUUAGUUCUGCUUCAAUUAUAUAAUAUAGCUGUAUGUAUACUUGCAUUGGAAUCAAGUUGAAUGUCUACCAAUGAUUUGAUUAUUUUAAAAUCUUCGAUGAUAUAUUGGAUGAUAUUGCUACUUAAUAA